CUGAGGAGGGACAUAAUAAGUGCUCGAGUUCACAAACAACAGCAAUUACAUAUGUGUUAUAGCUCUCUGUGUGUGUGUGUGUGAGUGUGUGUGUCUUGUGUAUUUAUCCACAGUCGUGAGCGCAUAGGGCACGCGCAGCUUGUCGUUGCUGCCGUUGGUGUCCUACCAGCAUCUGCUCCUCUUUUUGGACCAGACUUAUGUUUCGGCUACAUCACUUCCCGCUGGGAAUAAUUUGUGCGCUACUUUAAUUUUAACCAGCGAACCGCGUCCGCGAGAGCGCAAAUGCGCAUCGGUCUGCGCAUCUUUGAAUCUUCAGAACUACACUGUGGACAAUCUCCCUGACAUCCAAGGACCUCUCCUCCGCAAUCCGACGAGGCUUCUUCACCGCCUAUGGCCGCACAUCGGCAUCCCUGAGCCGCUGGCCUCGUCCCCGGACCUUUCACCCAUCGCUGUCCUCGAAAGGUCUUUGAAUCGAGGGAGACGUCUGCAUUUUUUAUUUAUUUUUUUUAUCAACCCUCCUCUGCUGACUAUUUUUUUUUUAAAGAACCAGGUGCUAUGCUGGGCCCAUCUCUGUAGAUCUUGUGAUUAAUACACGAUCUCUCCUCCCACAUUCGUCCGACCGAGACCCUGGUACUCUCACCGAGCCCCGACAAUGCAUCCUAACGCAGUGAUGCUGGCGGUGGUCCUUCUGUGGAACUUGAUGCUGCCUUUCAUCUCGGCUCAAAACGCUGGGUUUGUGAAGUCGCCAAUGUCUGAGACUAAGCUUACGGGGGACACCUUUGAGCUGUACUGCGACGUGGUUGGUAACCCCACUCCAGAGAUCCAGUGGUGGUAUGCUGAGAUCAACCGAGCUGACUCCUUCAAGCAGCUGUGGGACGGAGCCCGCAAGCGUCGGGUAACCAUCAACACGGCCUACGGCACCAAUGGGGUCAGUGUGCUUGGCAUCACACGCCUCACACUGGAGGACUCUGGGACCUAUGAGUGCCGGGCCAGCAACGACCCCAGGCGCAAUGACCUCCGACAAAACCCUGCCAUCACCUGGAUCCGCGCCCAGGCCACCAUUUCGGUGCUACAGAAACCAAAGAUCAAUGCAUCUGAUCAGACCAUCCUGUCAGCGGACAGCACUAGCAAACCAGUUACCCUGCAGUGUAACCUCACCACUGCUCAAACUCCCCACAAGGAAAGCUUCUGGAUGAAGAAUGGACAUGAGAUCACCAAUACACGGACAGAGCAGAGGAACACAGUGUACAGAAUUGCUAAACCACGGGCAGAUGAUUCUGGGGAAUACAUGUGUGUUUACACAUUCGACAUGGCACCAAAUGCAAAUGCUACAAUUGAAGUAAAAGCAAAACCUGAUAUCACUGGUCACAAGCGAAGUGAAAAUAAAAACGAGGGGGAAAAUGCAAUGCUUUACUGCAAGUCUGUUGGUUACCCGCAUCCCACCUGGACAUGGCGUAAAGUGGACGGAACAUCAUAUACGGACAUUGACAACUCCACUGGGCGCUUCUUCAUUACUAACAGAGACAACUACACAGAGCUCAACAUAAUCAACCUGGAUAUAAACAAAGAUCCUGGAAAAUACGAAUGCAAUGCCACUAACAUGAUUGGAAACACAGCUGAGACCACUAUACUACGGGUGCGCAGCAACCUUGCACCGCUUUGGCCUUUUCUGGGUGUGCUCGCAGAAAUUAUAAUCCUAGUAGUCAUCAUCGUUGUGUACGAGAAACGCAAGACGCCAGACGACAUUAUUGAUGAUGAUGAACCAGUUGGACCAAUGAAAACAAAUUCAACAAACAACCACAAGGACAAAAACAUUCGCCAGAGGAAUACAAAAUAAGCAAUUUACUCAAAUGAGAUGGCUAAACUGCAUUUUUUGACUACAUGAUGGUGUCAGAGGUGGAUAGAGCUCCAGGCAGUUUUGAAAAAAGCAUAUCUUGUCUCAUUUUAUGAGAAACAAUAUCAGCAUAACACUGGCAACAAAAAGAACAUAAUGGCUGUCUUAAGCAUGCCUUAUUCAGUCUUACGUGGAGAUUUCAGGAUGACGAAUAAUGACUAAAACCACCACAAAGGUGUACACAUUUUUAAUGUGCUGUUGGUGUCUCCUUUAUUAAUUUUAUCAUAUCCUCAGAUGAGGUGAUCCCUUUUGUAUUACAUAUCAUGUACAAUGCAUGCAAGAUAAUUACGCAAUAGGAUACUCAGAAUAGACAUUUUCUGUUGUUAUCCCUCGUGUGGCUUUUUUUGCAUCUAAAAUGACCUAUGUUUUUUAUGAAGUCAUCCUUAUAAUAUAUAUAUAUAUAUAUAUAUAUAUAUGUGUGUGUGUUGUGUAUAUUAUAUAUAUGUAUACACACACAUAUAUUUAUAGAGUUAGUUUUAUUCUUGAAAAUUUGUACAGCAUAUCAUGGUCAUUUAACUAUAUUUGAUUUUGUGAUAAGAAGUCCACUUUUAACAGAACUUUUGUUGUGAAGCAAGGGCUUCAGUGACUGGCAGUAUUUAAAUUUAAUUGAGAGUGAUUACAGAAAAUGACUACUGUGUGUUUAACUAUCUAAACAAAAAUGAUAUGUGUAUUAUUUUUAUUUUCUUUCCAGAGUAAAUUAGGUGUCUUGUAUAUGUUGAAGUAUGAGUGUUCAAAUGAUAGGAAAUCUGUAAAAAAUAUUUUUUUUAUAUUUCCCAAUUUCAUUUAUUGGUUUUUAUUUUUUAUUUUUCUCUCUAACUGUAUAGCAUGGCUAUAAUCCUAUGCAAUAUGUAUUCUUAAAUAGAUAUAUGGAGGGCAGUUUGUUUUACUCAGUGAAGCUUUAAUAUUGUGGGAUCACUUGGAAGCUGGCAUAGCAAAAUUCACUGCUGUAGCUGCAUGACUCCUGUUUCAAUACAAUGUAUCCAUGUGUGUUGCGGUGGAAAUGGACCUGCAUUAAGGUGGGAACAGAGGGACCAGAGUAUAUAGCCACGAUAAAACAUAUGAGUGAGACCAAUAUUUUUUUUCUGAAUAAAAAGUUUGGAAAUGAA